GAACGGGCAGGCGGGCGGGCGGGCGGCUCCUCCCCGUCGCCGGGCCGGGCGGAGCGGGCGCUCGGUGCAGGCGCUCGGCGCCGCUCUCGCCAUGCGGGCGCUGCUGCUCCCGGCGCUGCUGCUCCCGGCGCUGGCCGCGGCGCGCGGCGCCGCCACGGCGCUGGGCGAGGCGGACCAGGUCCGGAUGACCUCGGAGGGCUCCGACUGCCGCUGUAAGUGCAUCCUGCGGCCGCUCAGCAAGGACGCCUGCAGCCGCGUCAGGAGCGGCAGCGCGCGGGUGGAGGACUUCUACACGGUGGAGACGGUGAGCUCGGGGGCCGACUGCAAGUGCUCCUGCACUGCCCCCCCAUCCUCGCUCAACCCCUGCGAGAACGAGUGGAAGAUGGAGAAGCUGAAGAAGCAGGCGCCCGAGCUCUUCAAGCUGCAGUCCAUGGUGGACCUGCUGGAGGGAACGCUCUACAGCAUGGACCUGAUGAAGGUGCAUUCCUACAUCAGCAAGGUGGUGAACCAGAUGAACACGCUGGAGGAGACCAUCAAGACCAACCUGAGCAGGGAGAACAACUUCAUGAAGGAGAGUGUCCUGCACCUCAGCGACCAAAUGAGACGCUACGAGAACUACUCUGACAUCAUGAUGAGCAUCAAGAAGGAGAUCUCCAACCUGGGCUACCAGCUGCUGCAGAAGGACGCUGCUGCUGUCCCCGAGAGCAAGGCACAGGACACGGCAGGCGGCCGAGAGAAGGAGGUGGGACGGUACCCCAGCACCCGCAAGACGCUGGGGGACAGGCCGGCUCCCCGAGCACCCAAGGAGAAGCAGCUGAAGCCCGAGAAGCCCAAAAAGGAUAACGUGAAGGCCAGGGCAGGCUCGCAGCCUACGUCCAAGCCCAAGCCAUCAGCACACCAGCAAACCCUGGUCCGGGGCAUCACUUACUACAAGGCUGGGCAGGCAGGGGCAGCAGAGGGGGCUGUUGGCCGCGAGAGCCCUGCGAGGGGGCCGGCUGUGCCGGAGCGGCAGGAGGAGAGGGACCCCCCGCCCCCCACAGUCAAGGAUGCCCCAGCUCAAGCCGUCGUGCUGGCGGAGACCCCCGUGCCCAGCACCACGACUGCGCCCAGCACCGCCCUGUCCCCCCGCACCACCGCCCGCAGCCCCUCCAGCACCGCCCUUGGCCAGGGGGCUGACAGCACUGGGGGCCCCGAGACACCAAACAGAGUGAAGGAGGUGGAGUGUGAAGGCACCAUUGAGUCAGUGGAGCCCCCCACGGAGCACCACAGCUACGGACGCAACGAGGGGGCCUGGAUGAAAGACCCAGCAGCCAAGGACGACCGCAUCUAUGUCACCAACUACUAUUACGGCAACAGCCUGGUGGAGUUCAGGAGCCUGGACAACUUCAAGCAGGGCCGCUGGAGCAACCUCUACAAGCUGCCCUACAACUGGAUCGGCACAGGGCAUGUGGUCUACCGGGGGGCCUUCUACUACAACCGCGCCUUCACCAAGAACAUCAUCAAAUACGACCUGAAGGAGCGGUACGUGGCGGGCUGGGCGCUGCUCCAUGAUGUGGUGUACGAGGACACGACACCCUGGAAGUGGAGGGGCCACUCGGACAUCGACUUUGCCGUGGACGAGAGCGGGCUCUGGGUCAUCUACCCCUCCGUGGACUAUGACUACUCGCAGCAGGAGGUGAUCGUCCUGAGCCGACUGGACCCCGGGGACCUCUCGGUGCGCAAGGAGACCACUUGGAAGACAGGGCUGAAGCGCAAUGCCUAUGGGAACUGCUUCAUCAUCUGUGGCAUCCUCUACGCUGUGGACACCUACAGCCAGAAGGAAGGGCAGAUCUCCUACGCCUUCGACACACACACAAACACGGAGGCAGAGCUGCGGCUGCCCUUCCUCAACCAGUACGCCUUCACCACACAGGUCGACUACAACCCCAAGGAGAAGGUGCUCUACGCCUGGGACAACGGCCAUCAGAUGACGUACGGGCUCCGCUUCGUGGUCUGAGCGCUCGGCCACGUCCCAGCUGCCCCCUGCCCCCCCGCCAUGCCGGCCCGGGGGUCCCAUCGCAGCCCAGCUCCCCCGCUGGCCCAGGGCUGCUGUGAGCGCUCGGCUUCCACCCAAACCCUCCCACCCGCCAUGCCCGUCACCUGCGCCGUGCCUGCUUCACACGGGGCACGGCUGCAGGUGAGGGCAGCCCCCAACAGACACCCCCACGACAACGUGGCCUCUGGGGCCAUGGGGCUGCCCCACAGCCGGCAGCUCGGCCGGCAUUGCCUUCCUGGGGACGCGGGAGAGGAGCCCAGCCCCACAUCCCCGCAGCACCAGGAGGCAGCCGGGUCUGUGCCACCAGUGACACGGCAGCACCCGCCCCGCACCACCGCACCGAGCACCAGCCUGCACCGCACCCAGCCUGAGCACUGCUCCCACACAUCCCCACACCCCCUGGACCCUCCAUUGCUGCAACCACCAGCUGCCAGCAGUGCUGGUGCCCGACCAGCCCGGUACCCGCGCCUGCCCCGAGCUGCCGCGGUGCGGCCAGGGCCCCCUUGGGCCGGGGCAGGAGGAGCAGCUGCAGCUGCCCAUUGCUAUUUUAGGAGACGUGAUUAACAUGCCUUUGCUUUUGCCGCUCGUUAGCUUUUUAUUUAAAUGCAUUCACCAGAGCUGGGUGGAAUCCCCUCUCCUGGCAGCAGGCGCAGAGCAGCCUGCACCCCUGCCUGCACCCAGCGUGGCGGGGGGCCCUGCUGCCCUCCUGCUCUCUGCAGGACAAGGGGCUGGGAGCACUUGGCUUGGUUUUGGUCAUUUUAGACGUGAACAGUAUUAAAAAAAUAACAGAUAUGUAA